AUGGAGUGCCCCAAGGCCAUUUACCUUACUCUCGUCCUUGUCUGCACUGUUGGUAAGUUUUGCUCAUAAAUGCGUUCUGGGAAGAACGGUAGUAAACACCUGGCAUCUGCCAUACCUACCGGCCCACCGUCUACCCUCUAAAAUAUGAUCUCUCUGCUGGAUCGCUAAUUCAUGUUCACCUUAAGGGUCUUGAUCAGUAAUCCUCCUAUGUAGCUGAUCCCGAUACCACGUAAAACCCUUUGACCCUGUAGAUCUGAACCCCUGAUUUUUUAAGAUGUUCAGAUCGUCACAAAACCUGCGUCUUUUAGAUUAACUUGAAAUAGUCCAUAUUUUUAAUUCUAAAUUCACAAAGUGUGCUUUAAGAUCUCCACUAGCGACCAGGAUUUUACACAGAGAAAAGGGGGCGGUUCGGAUCCUACUGAGCGGGAGUGAUAUAGAGGCCACACUAAGAAGGAGCCGUUGCAACCUGACUAUCAGUCCACCAGUCGGCUACACCACACAAGCACACAACACUGGGCUGACAGUGAGGUUCGAGUUAUCCCCUCAUUUGACAACCUUCCAAGCCACGGCUUUGGGCGCACCAUGAUAGAUUCAAGAACAUCCGAUUGUUUGUACUGAGGAAUAUAUGCUGUGACCGUUGCCCUCACUCUCUCUCUUCCCACUCACAGACACCAGUCCACUGUCCGAACCGGUCAUUUGCCUGGUGCCGAAUGUGGACGAAGUGGUUGACAGAACCAGAGACUCCGUCUGGGCGCGCGGCACAUGCACGACCUGGUUCGCCAAACGCACACAAGAGAAGCGGCUGAGAUCUCACAUGUGUGAAAAACCGCCAUUAAGAAGGAGCCAUCGUAGUCUGGCUCUCAAUCCACCAGCUGACCACUCAAAUUACGAACACACAAGUGGGCUGACUGCGUAGUCCGAGUUGGAGCAUCAUUGGGCAACCUUGCAAGCCACUGCUCCAAGCUGACCCUGAUAGUCUCAAGCGCGUCAAAUGGUUUAUGGUGAGGAUUGUGCGCUAGGGAUGGAUCUCACGCACUCUAACCUAUCGCGUACACCAUUCAGCUGUCUAAACUGGUCAACCACCUAAAAGCGAGAUUGGAAGAAACAGCUGACAUAGCUGAGAACAUUCCGUAUGCGCGUACCAUGCACACGACCGGGGCCCCCAUGUACACAAACCAAGAUUCCACACACCAGGGUGUUCACUGCUCGGAUAUCACAUGUAGCAGAGAAGCAACAGGAAGAAAGGAGCCAAAGAGCCCACCUCACACUAAUUAAGUAGGGUUAUAAAACUAUUCAGCCUACAACAUAAUUCUAUUAUAUUUCAGUUACCUCAGGAUGUCGGCUUCGAGCGAACUUCCUUGCAGGUGUAUGCAGAAACUACACUCUGUAAAAAACUACUACUUAUGUAGCAUGAAUCUUUCUAACUGAUUUUCGGUGCCCGUAAAACUUCAAUUAUAUUUCAUGAAACAGAUAUAUGAAAACAUUUAUUCUUCUACUCAUUCGGUAGAAAAUAACGUCUUCCAAUUUUACACUCGAAGUAAGGGUAUAUUUCGGUUUUAAAAAAGGUUAUCAUUAUGUGAUUUUUUUAACGUCAUGUCUCUGCAUUUACAAUAUGGCUCAAAUCCACUACUAAAUUUGAUGAACAGCAUAUGGUCUUCUCUUAAUACCUUACAGAAAUGUUUGGAUUUUUAUAUGCGGAAAAUAUACGACUUGUAGUUUGGAAACCCUGAAUGCAAGUGUAACGGAAGGUCGGGUUCAAAAUUAUUCGGGAAUUGGAAAUGUUUUUGGGAACAUAGUUAUACCCUUCCUUCGAGUAUAAAAUUUGAAGAAGACGUACUUUUCUACCGAAUGAGCAAAAGAACGAAUAUUUUUAUGCAUGUUUUCCAUGAAAUAUAGUCGAACUUUUAAUGGUACCGAAAAUCUAUCAGAAUAAUGCAUGCUACUGAAGUAGUCAUUUUUUGCAGAGUGUCGUUUUUGCAUGCGGCCGGAAAGAAGUUCAUUUAAAAGCUGACAUCCCGAAGUAACCGAAUUAUUAUAGAAUAAUUCUUCAUGAUGAUUAGUUUUACAACCCUAUUUAAUUAACCUAUUCGGAACGAAAACGCUUUUCGGAAUUUCCGUUGGCAUUUCAUGAGUUAACUAACCUACUGUGGCAGAGAAGCGACAUGAAAAAAGAGAGCCAAAGAGCCCACCUCUCACUAACGCAAGAGGUGCCGACGGUUUGGGAUGUUGGAGGUGUUUAUGUGUGGUGCAUGUCUUGAUGCGAGAAUGUGUGUUAAUAUUAACGUGUCUGUGGUGAUUUGUCACAGGUUUUAAUAAAGGCGAAUGGAACCCAAUAGGCCUAUGAGGCGGCUGAGUGUGCGAGGACUAUGCGAGAAGUUGAGGCAACGACAUCUGCUAAGUGCUGGUGAUCCAGGCAUUGAUUCGCCAGUUUCUAUACGAUAGAUUCACAAGUAACCGACCAGCCCUAUGCGUGGAGUGGACGUAUGGUGACAGUGUGGACAGGUUAGGUUGGUGAAUGCUGGGACGGUUUUCGGUGUUGUGGUGCUAGCGUUGGUCGAUGGAAUGUUGACAGGGCUAGGGGGUGUGGAGUUGAUGGGUGUACAACGUGUGCUAGGUAUAUCGAUACUGAGGGAAAUUCCAGUGUUGAAGAUACGCACGUGACCGACUUGUACAUUAGAUGGACUACCUCAUGAAAUGUCAACCGAAAUUCCGAAAUUCGUUUUCGUUUCGAAGAAAAUGAUUGAGUAGUGUUGCAAAACUAAUCAGUCUGCAGUAUAAUUCUAUAAUAAUUCAGUUACCCCAGGAUACCGGUUUUCGAAUGAACUUUUUUUCGGCCGCAUGCAAAAACUACGCUCUGUAAAAAAUUACUACUUCAGUAGCAUGUAUUUUUCUCAUUGAUUUUUGAUGCCUCUAAAAGUUUAAAUAUAUUUCAUAGAAAACAUGCAUAAAAAUAUUCAUUUUUCCGCUCAUUCGGUCGAAAAUUACGCCUUCGUCUAAUUUUAUUCUCGAAGGAAGGGUAUUAUUUGGUUUUUAAAAACGUUUCCAAUUCCCGAAUAAUUUUGAACCCGCUCUGCCGUCACACUUGUAUUCAGGGUUCCCAAACUACAAGCCAUGUAUUUUCCGCGUACGAAAAACCAUACAUUUCUGUAAGGUAUUAAGAGGAGACCAUAUGGGGUUCAUAAAAUUGACCAUUGGAUCUGGGCCGCACUGUUAACUUUACAAGCCACAUGGGUAAAUGCAGAGACAUGACGUUUUAUGAAGGGCCAUUUCAUGGUAUUAAAAAGUCUCACAAGUAUUAACUUUUUAAAGACCGAAUUAUGUACUUCCUUCCAGUAUAAAAUUGAAAACAGACGUAAUUUUCUACGGAAUGAGCGAAAAUAAUGAGCAUUUUUUAUGUGUGUUUUCUAUGAAAUAUGACUGGACUUUUAGGGGCAUCGAAGAUCAAAGGGAAAAAGUCGUGCUAUUUAAGUAGUCGUUUUUACGGAGUAUAGUUUUCAUGUUCAGUCGGAAGGAAGUUCUUUCGAAAACUGGCAGCCUGAGGUAACUGAAUUAUUAUAGAAUGACGCUGCAAAGCGAUUAGUUUUACAACACUACUUAAUUAAUCUUUUCGAAACGAAACGCAUUCCGGAAUUUAGGUUGACAUUUCAUGAGUUAGCCUACUUACUGUAUGUCUGCACGUGGACAAUGUGGCCGGUGUGGGGCUUUGGCAUUGACGUGCCGGCUGCCGUAUGGUAGAGUCGCAAGCAACCGACCGAGCCGAUGCGUGAGGUGGAUGUGCGAUCACAGUGAAGACAGGCUGAUACAGAGUCCACAUCACUGGUAGUUAUAGUGGUGGUUUAGGGGAGGGGUGGGGGUCGCGAGUGUUCUGACUGGUGGCGAAAGUAGUAAACGCGGUAAUCGUCGUCGCGGAGGUUGUGCCAGAAAUGAUGAUUACGGCGGUGAUGGACGUCGGAAGGGUUCGGAUAUGUUGAGACGCAUUCAAGAGUGCAGUCGUGGACUCAGUGGGACUAAAGCAGGGGCGGUAGGAAAUUAUCGGUUGGUUGGUUCGUUGGGUCCGUAGAUGUCUGAUGAGGUCGAUCCGCGUGUGGAAUGCUCUUUGACACCCCGGGCAUGUUAUGAGGUGUUCGGGAUUGGCGUAAGAGGUCACAGCCGUCUAAGACUUGUAAGCUUCCAUUUUGGCUUUGGCGGCUGCGAUCCAAUUGGCUUCAUAGAUGGUUGUUUCAGGUUGGUGGUUGUUCGUUGUAGCGUUGAGACCGCGAGUUUUGAACCUAUGCAUGUAUGUUAUAUUUCGAGGGUUAGAGGAAGAGCCCUUGAUGACCCUAUUUAUAUACAAUGCUUUCGCAAAUUCAUAUUCAAAAAUAAAAUUGCAGGCAUUUACAAUGUGAUCGCGUCACAGUUCAAUCGUAAUGAUAAGAAAGUGUAUCAUGUCACUGUAAGUUAGUACGGAGGGAUUGUAUAUGACAGUUUUUUACAAAACUGACUGUGCGUAGUUAUGCUGUAAAAGCUGAUUUCUGUCAAAAACUAGGCGAGCAAGUUUCCUUUUAAGCAUACAUAUUGUGUCAGCCGUCACCAUCUCACUUGAAAGCGAGUUCCACGCUCUACGAGCUACGAUCUGCACGUAGAUGAAGUGAUUGCCGAGCAUCUUUUUAGGGUACCAUUUCUCGCCCCUUAACCGUCAGGGGAAAAGCAGUGCUUAGACAUCCAGACAGCAGUCCAACUCCAAUAUGGGUCACGGCAUUGUUUAGUAGAAAUCCGCCCGAGUUAGUCCGGACCACCUACGGAACUUCAUGUCACUUUUGAAGGGUGGGGAGGAAGGGGGGAUGUGAAGUGAAGCAGGCCGCCGGAAAACCCCACCUGUCUUAGCUUGCCGUUUCAUUGCGGUGUCACGAACCGAUUGCAUUUUUCAAAGAUUUUGCGCGUGUUCAAAUGCUAUAAUAUACAACUUAUCUUUACGUUUCAGGGGCAGAUUACAACCUUAUACCAGGAGAUAACAGAACAGUGAUUGGAAAUGUGAAUGAGCCCUUUUCGACCACCACCACUCUGCCGGGAUACUAUGAUGUAAGUUUGCGUCACCGUGCUAGCAUCCGCGAAGGAGAUGAUGGUGUCUUUCAGUAAAGAGUCCUGUAUCACCAGCGAAGCAUGCUACAAGGUUUAUUCGACUUUCAAGUUUCGGCCUGCCCAAUGCAAGUGACCGAGAUUAAGACUUCAUUGAUUCCUUUGCGGAAAACACUAGGCUCCGUGCAUGACUGCCCCAGCUAAAGGAUUUGGGUCUGGCCAUCUAAAGAAGGCACAUCUUAAGCCAUGCUGUUAUUGCACGAUCCUGAAUGCUCUUCUUUCGGAUGGAAUUGGAAAAUACAGCGAGCGUUUUUCUACUUUCUUGCUUGUAAGAGGUCGUUUUCGUCUCACAGAAAGUGGGACACUUAGCAUGCGUCAUUAAAAUCAGGACGUUGCAUAUUUAGGCCAUAUGACAAAAAUAAUACCUGAUAAAAUGUCUCCAAUAAGUAAUCCCACUUAGGCAAGUGCCCUCCUAGUCGCCAAAUUCCCCCCCCCCCAGGGCAAUGGAAAUACGGCUACAAAAUCUGGCAACAGCGAGCACGCAGCUCAAUGGUUAAAGCCUUUAAUUUCUAACCAACAGGCUGGGAGUUUGAAUCUUGAGGGUUGCAUACCUCUGCAUUGGGUAUGACUGGCUGACGAGGGCUUAUAAGCCAGAAAUGGCCAUUCCAGUCCCCCUUGCCUUUGUCGGUAAUGUUAUUCUGCCUAUCUCACGCGCUGCUGUUAGAACCCAAAAGAUAACCCCAAGACACAACGUGGUACGAUCGGUAUGCACCCCUCCGCCAUAGUCUUCCUUUAAAAAGCCAGUUGGUGAGCAUACGAUUGCUUUCGGGGUAAUGCGAUCAGCGCUCACUCCUCCAUCAUUGUAUAUGUAUACAUAUACGUAAAAAUCCGAGGUCUAUUUACUUCAUCGUGUUUACUAUCCCUCGAAGAACACGAAGAAUUAAAUGUGAUUUCAUGGGCCAGGUUAUAUUCCUACUGGCGUUUCGGAAACUUGAAGAAGGAGACACGAUCGCUGGGACAAGAGCUUUAUUAGCCAUACGUUUCGGAUUCCUGCUCGAACCCAGCAUUAGAGACAAAAAAGCAGAUGCGGGUGGGUCAUGCACAAGGGGCUACGGUAUUUAUAGGAUGCAGUAGCCAUGCUACCGCAUACCUAUGAACGCUCACGGCUCCCCCCUUCAUCCGGGAUCGUCGCACUUGGUGUGCUAAUUGUUUGAUGGCCGACAUUCGCGUCGUUACUUGCCGCAAUUUCAUCACAUGCGUUGGAUGUUGGUUUGAUGCUUGCUCGACCAACUGACCCGCCGACCCUGGGGUUGGGAAAAGUGUUCAACUGUGCGCUCCCCGUGUGACCAAUUACGCCGCCUAGACGAAGUCUCAGCACCGAGUAUGGAAGGGGAAGUUCAUUGCACUUGUAAAUGGACUGGGGUCGACUAAACCAUGAUACAAGUGCUCGAUCGGAAACUCUUUCGUUCCUAUUGUCAGCGGAGUCGUUCGCUGGCUUCCACUGCUGGCCUUACGGCUUGUCUCGUAGUAUAAUACGAGGCGUUUCUUUGGUCUCUACAGAAAGCUUUCCUUGCGCUUGUCUGCUAUUACUUCAGAGACGGUUGUUCUUCAAACCGUGCAUUUGCAAUCUCCGAAUGAAGUCGAGGGGGCACAUGCAGAGACAUACAGUGACGUGACCAACCGGCACGUUGAUUUGACUACAAUUACGCCGACCCCAAAGGGAGCAAAGGUCACGCAGGCCUGUCAGCGGUCAGUCCCGAGGAGGUCUAAGCCAGUCAGUGGCAAACAGGCAGGUCAAAGUUCGCGCAUCGAGCACGGCUAUAAUACGAAGCAAGCGGCAAGACGGAACAACUCAAGAGCGGCAAGUGCAACAAGGACGCUACUCUGAUGAUGGAAACGAGGAAGUUUCCGAAACGUCAGUUCGAAUACAAUAUGGUCCACGGAUUCGCCCUCUCUUCUUCUUCGUCUUCUUUGGGAGAUGAUGAACGCGAUACAAUGUCCGGACCUCGAAUCUUUAUGCAUAUCGAUAGAUAUGUAUGUAUUUGGGCAGUAUGUUAUUACCGACAAAGACAAGGGAGACUAGAAUGGCCAUUUUUGGCUUAUUAGCCGUCGUUUGCCGGUCAUACCCAGCCCCGAAGUGUGGAACACCCGAGGCUCGAACUCGCGACCUGUUAUAUAUACAGUGCGUGAUCGAUCUCAUGAAAUGUUGGCCGAAAUUCUGAAAGGCAUUUUCGAUUAGGAAGGAUUACAUAGGUGGGGUUGUAAUGCUGGUUAGUAUGAAGCAUAAUCCUCCAGUAUUUCGGACUGACCAGGAUGUCGGCUUUUGAAUGAAUUCCUUUUCGGCCUCCUGCAGAAACCACAUUAGGCAAAACAAUACUACUUAAAUAACAUGCAUUUUUCCAAUGCUCCUCAUGAAAUGUACAACACGGUCCGGAUCCAUUGCAUAAUUUCACGAAAUCUAUAUAGAAUUUUCUUCGAGGCAUAAACGAAUACAUGACUUUCCUUACGUGGAAAGCAUGCACCUUAUAGAUUGAAAUCGCUAAACGCUGACGCAAUGGCAGAUCGGGCUCAAAAUUAUCCGAGAAUUGGGAAACUUUUUUAAAACCUAAAUAUACACUUUCUUCAGCCAUAGAAUAUGAAGACAAUGUAAUUUUCUACCGAAGGAGCAAAAUAAAGCAUGUUUUGUGCAUGUUUUCCAUAAAAUGUAUUUGAAUUCAUAAGAGCGUCGAAAAUAAAUAGGAAAAACGCAUGUCAUUCAACUACUGAUUUUUGCCUUAUGUGGUUUCUAAAGGAGGUCGAAAAGGACUUCAUCCAAAAGCCGACAUCCUGGCAAUUCCAAAAUACUAAAGGAGUAUGCUGCAUGCUAAUCAAUAUUAAAGCCCCACCUAAGUAAUCCUUCCUAAUCGGAAACGCAUUCCAAAAUUUCGGUCAACAUUUCAUGAGAUCGGUCGCGCACUUUAGUCCCCAGUCACGGAAACCGUCCCCGAAUGUCAAGCUGGGGACAACAUUAGCUGGCUGGUUUGGAUUUCUGUUUAUUUCUCUCCACAGUCGACGGAUGUUUUCGGUUUUUUUGCUGCAAACGGUCCUAUGCAGUCUGACUCUUUACUGUGAUGCCUACACGCAUUCCUUGUGAUCCCAUUACUCUACCGAGGUAAGGUGUUCGCGUGUUACAAGGCGGACCGCAUUUUGAGGCCGAGGACAGACUUGUUACUCUGAAGUAAAAGCGACAAGAUGACAAUUCCUACUUUUUAAAUUUCAGAAAUUGGUGUCCGGCAUCCAUGAUAUCACCAUCAAGGAUGGGAACUGUUCAACGCCCUUCUUUAAAUGCUCCAUGGUAAAGAGUAAGUUUCCCGUCUCGCAAAGUAGACAUGCUUUUCCAAUACUUAAGUCUCACGUCUACAGUGUCUGUGAAAGCAUACAUGUCAGUGAAUACCAGUACAGAUUACUCCGUAUUGAGUUAAGUAGGCAUUCAGAGAAUCGAAAUCAGCAUUAUGCAGGGAUCUUAAAAUUAGUUAAUGGAGAUAGACCCAUCAUCAAAGUUAUGUUAUUCGCAAAUACUAGCCGUUAGGGGCGGGUACUGAAGUCAAAUAGACUGAAAUGAUCCCUUCGUUUUUGAUUCCCUUUGUUGAAAAGCAUUCGUAUAGUGCUGGCAUCUGAAUCUUCAUCACACUGAGUAUAUUUGAGGAGUGAAUCACGCUUAGUCAUGACGGCAACGAAGAAGGGCGUGUAGGUUUGAGUGCGGAUUUUGUGAGCAAAGAGAAGAGUAACGACUGGCGCCAGACCGACAGCUUCCCUUCAAUACUUGCCGCAGGCCGUUUAUAUCGCCUUAACACUCCCACAUCGGUUUCUGCCAUAAGCCUCGGUGGCACGCCGUUUUCUCUGUAUCCGCCUGCGUAAUUGUAAUUUUGGUUUUGAGGUCUAGGAUUCAAGAACCUCAGUCAGCUGGUACAUUUCAUUUUGUUGGCAGCAAUCUGAAGUUCCUGGUUGCAAUCCAGCUUUCCAACGAAGGUGGAUGGAUACUUAGAGUAGGUGGGCUAACUGAUGAAAUGUCAACUGAAAUUCCAAAAGACGUUUUCGUUUCGAUAAGAUAAAUUAAGUAGUGUUGUAAAACUAAUCAGCCUGCAGCACAAUUCUAUAAUAAUUCAGUUACCCCGGUAUGCCGGCUUUCGAAUGACUUCAUCCCGGCUGCACACAGGAACUACACUCUGUAAAAAGGCUACUUAAGUAGCAUGAAUUUUUCUCAUUGAUUUUCAAUGCCCCUAAAAGUUCAAUUAUAUUUCACGGAAAACAUGCAUAAAACUAUUCAUUCUUACACUAAUUCGAUAGAUAACCGCGUCUUCUUUCAAUUUUAUACCCGAAGGAAGUACAUAAUUCGGUCUUUAAAAAGUUAAUAAUUGUGAGACUUUUUAAUACCAUGAAAUGGCCGUUCAUAAAACGUUAUGUCUCUGCAUUUAUCAAUGCAGCUUGUAAAGUUAACAUGAUGGAUCAAAUCCAAUGCCACAUUUUAUGAACCCCAUAUGGUCUCCUCUUAAUACCGUAGAGGAAUGUGUGGUUUUCCGUACGUGGAAAAUACAUGGCUUGUAGGUUGGAAACCCUGAAUGCAAGUGUGACGGCAGAGCGGGUUCAAAAUUAUUCGGGAAUUGGAAAAGUUUUUGGAAACCGAAUUAUAACCAUCCUUCGAGGAUCAAAGUGAAAGAAUACGUAAUUUUCCACCGAAUGAGCGGAAGAAUAAAUAUUUUUAUGCAUGUUUUCCAUGAAAUAUACUUAAACUUUUAGAGGCAUCAAAAAUCAAUGAGAAAAAUACAUGCUACUGAAGUAGGCCUUUUUUACAGAGUGUAGUUUUUGCAUGCAGCCAAAAGGAAGUUUAUUCGGAAGCCGACAUCCUGGGGUAACUGAAUUAUUAUAUAACUAUACUGCAGACUGAUUAGUUUUACAACCCUACUUAAUCAUUCUCUUCGAAACGAAAGCGCAUUUCGGAAUUUCGGUUGGCAUUUCAUGAGUUAGCCUACCUACUGUAAGAUAAUGAGGUUUGACAUGGAAUCCUCAUUCUCCAUUAGAAUGAUCCGAGCAAUCAUUGCGCAUAUCCAUGAAAAAGCAUUUCCUGUCAUCCAGCUUUUCGGGCUAUCUCCUCAUGGCCGAGGAUACAAACGCGUGGGGUCUUGGCACACUCGAGAAGGCAGUGAACAAAAUGUGGAUCAACCACGUCGUCAUCAGUCUUGUUUUCUGAGAUGCGACAGGUCACGGGACGCUGGCGUUGCUUUUCAAAAUCAUUUGUAUGCCACAAAUAUUCUGUCUGUGUACGCCUUCAGCGAAGAAGUUUAUGUUGCGUGUGCUGCAUCACAUGAUGCAAUUUCCAUUUGACAGGACAGUUCCAUAAGACCACAUUUUUCGACUUCCCCCCUACAGAUUCUGAUACCAUGAGUACCGUCAGCAUAUCCGGCUACAUGUCUUAUGGCCUGAAGUGGAUCACUUUUUCCUCAAGCCAGAAUUUAAUCCCAAUUAGCAUAGUCUUCUUGACUAACGGAGUUUGGAACGAUUUGGCCACCGGUAAGUUGCGCAUUCCCACACAGGUUUGUUCAUUGGUUCCGACCCGCCUGAAUUCACUUUCAAUAUUGAUGAUUUCUGAGGGCGUUGCAGGCACAAAAGUUGUGUGGCGCUGUUGACGUCUUUGCACUUUUGGCGUUCUGACCGACACGUUGUUUGAAGCGGUGUUGUGACCCGGGGUUUGGGUUUUGUACUGGGUGGGUCUCCGUCGACAGUCUUGAAAGCAGGCACGAGAUAAGUUAAAGCGGCAUUCAAUCAUCCGCAGAACGGAGGUUUCGGCUGCUAUCAAUAGGAGUAGCGCCUUCGCAAACUAGAAGUCAGGAAGCCAGAGCUGAGGGGGCAUAAUUAUUAGAUGAGCGAAAUUCCGGAAGGAGAGAAUCUGUUGGCUGAGAGCUGCUUAGCUUUGAGUGAUUUCUACGCAGCCAAAAUGCCCGCCAAGAUCACGCUGAUUGUUCAUAUUUGUGCACGAAAUGAGAUCACGGAUGAGUUAGUAUUUGGGUCUCACUAUCUGUUGCCUGAUAGUGGAUUCCGGUUGUUGGGCCAUCACAAUCCCAAAAGGACUCAUGAUUCUUGCUGUCGCCUCAGAAACAUUCCUCACGUAGGGGAUCGCGAGCCAGAACUUCGGCUUCUCAGCGUCGGAUCGUUCGCCGGUAAGUCCUCUUCGUAACGCACGUGUGAAGGAUCGGGGCUAACCACUGGCUGUGAAUAGGGAAUGUAGAUAUUUCGCUUCCUCCCAUCUCCCGUCGUCGUCGUCACUGCAGUGUGUUUGAACUCGUUGAAAAAGAAGUUAUGACACACCCGCGUUUGUGACCAUAUGGGGUGGUUACUCCAGAAUUGGAGGAUGCGUCUAGUAUUCGUUGCUUUUCGUCAUACCGUAGUUCUGAUCCCCCCAUUGGCCAACCCUGUGACGUUUACGUCAAGGAAGGGCAGCCGGUUGUCGUUCACAUCUUCCAUUGUAAAUUGUAUGUCUGGGAAUAUUGAGUUCAACAAGACCUUGAAGCCCUGAAUGUCGUUCCUCUUGACUACGACAAAUGUGUCGUCGACGUAUCGGCCCAGAAUUUUGGGGAGUACGAACGAAAGACCAGUCGCUCGAACUUCUGCAGAACAGCCUCAGCAAUCACUCAAGACAACGGAAAGCCCAUCAGUGUUCCCUUCUUUUGCUCAUAAAGCCGGUUGUUGGAAGGGAAGAAAGUUCUGAGGUACAAUUCCAGGAGUUCGAUGACGUGCGUUCGUUUAAACCGUUGAUCAGUUUCAUCAUAUUUCUCCUGAAGAAGCUCGCCAAUGGUGCUGAUGACAAGGCCGGUUGGAAUGGAGGUGUAUAAGGAGACCAGAUCAAACGAUACCACUUUCUCGUCUGGCUCUAUUUCUAGAGGUCUGAUACGCCUUAGUAACUGCUCAGCCGACUUCACCGUCCAUUUGGAAUCCUCCGUCAGGAAACGGAUUCGUUGGUAGGGCCAUUUCGACAGUUCAAAGGUCGGGGUGCCGCGUAAGGAGACUAUGGGGCGUAGAGGUACUCCCGGUUCAUGCACUUUUGGCAGACUAUAGAAACGCGCCAUGGCGGCAUCGGUGGCUUAUGCGGCCAGUGUCUCAUUCCUCUUGAGGGUUUCUGCCUUCCUCGACUUGUUUAUCGCACUUUUUAUACCUUUCACGUGCUUCUUGAACUCUCCAGUCUCCGAAGGCUCAGAGGCAACUUUGUCCUCCAACAGACUGCAGUUUCAUGUUGUAAUCGAUCUUGCCCACGACAACCGUCAAGCGUCCAUUAUUGGCGGACAGGGUGGCGAUAUCCGUCAUCUUCCGAAUUCUCAGAAGUUCUUGGUCUUCUACCUGGGAAAUCAUCCUCUGAGGUUUGUGCUGGAGCAGAAGAGUUGACACUUGUUGCCGCAUGGAACUUUUAACCCCUUUGUUUGCUCCACACUUCUGGAACGUCUAUAACUUCUGGAGCUGCCUAAAUAACUAGAGAGGCAGCGAGACUGAACGAUUUCGACUUAGGAGGAACAGACACUCAUCCGCUCUGAUAAUGGACACGAGGAAGUUUCCGAAACGUCAGCACCAAGACAGUGUGGUUCAUGAAAUCGUGUUCUUUUGGGGAUUAUGAACUGAAUAAAUUAUCUGGACUUCGAAUCUUCGCUCAUCUCGAUAUAUAUCUCCUAGAUAUGCAUGGAAGAGGAAGAUAGGGUGAUAUCUGGGGAAGAAGGCUUAUUUAUCUGGCGUUUCGUACUCGUACUCAAGCAUAUCAUCGCGGAAACGCGCCAUGGCGGCAUCGGUGGCUUUUGCGGCCAAUGCUUCGUGUCUAUAAAUAUCCAUCACAGGCAGCAUAUAAUGAGACCCAAAGACCGUCUACCGGCAACGGAGCAAUCGGCAGUGGUCUACAGCAUACCUUGCCUAAAUUACAAUGCGAGGUAUGUUGGCGAAACAGGCAAACGCCUCUGCAAAAGGUAGCACGAGCUUCAGCUUGCAGUCAAACGCGAGGAUAAGCUGUCACUUGUAUUGCCACAUGCAAUAGGCGAAACACAGUUUCGCCUUUGGGAAGACAAGCCUCAUCGGCCGAGCCAGCGAAAAGAUGGCCAGACUGGUUAUCGAAAUGUGGUCCUCAGUUGGCACUAUCAACAGAGCUGUUGAUCUUCAUCCGGCCUACCAGGCGUUACGUACGAGGCUCAUGCCAGUCCGGACGGGGUCGACAGCACCGGAGAAAAAAUCCCUGCCUUCUCAACAGUUGUCACCUCCACAACAUAGCGAGUGAGCCAGCGGGGGGCGGUCAGACGACCGAAGCCAGACAUCGACCCACCGACGCGCCCAAACAGCCGAACGCGAUUCACACAUGCAACGGCAGCUGAUCAGACCAUCAGUUUACGGGGAAAGGCCCACGGUCACACGGACCUAGCAGCGACAACGACGGCCGGGCAGGAGACAGAGGUGGCACAAGCGUCCCAGCGGCCGGCCACGGAGAGACCAAGGGCAAUCCCCUGCCAGCAAGCAGGUCCGAGUUCGUGCAUCAUGCAUGCCUAUAACACAAGGCAGGCGGUGAGAUAAAAGAACUCUGAGUUAGCAGGAACAAACACCGUAAGAACAAACGGUGAGCACCCCCUGCCAUUAUAUAUAUAUAUAUAUUUAAUCAACGUUAGAGAGGCGCUCACCGAUCGCUCUUUUUUACAAAUCUCACACGUCCCGCACAGCGGUGCAUGAAUAAGGCAGAAUCGUAUUAGAUUGGCAAACUUGAGAGAUCCGGGUUGAUUAUUUGAAGAAGAAGAAGAAGAAGAAGAAGAAGAAGAAAAAGAAGGGCUCACCGAUAAAGAUAAGAGAGACAGGAAUAGUCGUUUCUGGCUUAUUGGUCCUCAUCAUCCAGUCAUAUCUGACCAACAAAUGGCGGAAUCAAGCCUCAGGUUUUCCGCACUUAAGGUUCUGUAUAACCGUUUGGCGAUAGUUAACAAGCCAAAAAUGGUCACUUCAGUCUUCCGUGUCUUUGUCGGUAAUGUUAUUCUGCAUAUAUAUAUAUGGGCAGGAUGAUAUUAACGACAAAGACAAGGAAGACCGGAAUGGUCAUUUCUGGCUUAUUAGCCGUCGUCAGUCAGUCAUACCCAACCACAAAGUGUGGAACACCUGGGGCUCGAAUUCGCGAGUUCGGGCAGAUCGGGCAGAUCGUGACUCGAGGAAGGUGGCACGUCCAGCAGUCCUUAACUCCUGCGUGUACUUCACCCCGACAGAAUUCUACGGCGAUUUAUUUCCACUGCCAAUGUGGGAGUUGCUACAACUGCCGUAAGGGACGCACGCAGUUAUUUCACAGUCAUGACCCAUGAUGACAGCAGUUACUGAGACUGUUUAUUUGCCCAUCAGCUGUGACAGUUAAAUUACAUUAAGCGGAGACUGGUGGAAUGUUGCAAUGAUGUCAACAAUAAAUAGAUCAUUGGCUUGAUUUAAUUGCUCACUUUCAUCACAGGCCACAAAGAUUAACGGGUUAGCUAACCUCCUCCACUUAUCACCAUGCACAGGUUCAAUUCAACCGCAGUACUCGUUUCCACUCGUUAUCCGAGCAAAAGGACAGAAGACGGUCACAAUUACCUGUUCGAUUCUGACAAACGGUUUGACAGUUCCCCAGGUAAGCCACAUUUCAUGUAUGAUCCUCACGCAUCGCUCGCAGUUGUAGCUGAUCUGGAGUCGCAGUUGCAACUACCUGCUCUAUCUCCUAGGGAAAUCUGUCAAAAUAGAAAAUAACUAGGCACAGAAGGCAUUUCAUUCAGGCUAAGUAACCUUAAACAAAUGACCAGUAAAGCGUACACGAACCCAUUGGUCUGUCGGAGGGAAAGGAGCUCCGAGUGAGUGUAUGAUGUCACGCACAACUAGCUGCCUGCCGGGUCGAAGACGGCCAAGGUAUGAUAACAUAAGAGGGGGAGAGAGGAUUGAGAAUGUGGGUAGACUGAUAGAGGAUCAUUUGGGGUUUGUUUGCCCUCAUUCAGCCAAUCAUAACUUUGACUAUCAUAUGAAACCGUAAACGUAAACGUGCGCACGCCCAGAGCGCAGAUGGCGCGCAAACUGAAAUCCAACCGAUGGGUCAUAGGCGAGUCGUUGAAGAAGACGAUGAUGGGGGUUAGGCUUGGUCAAAUGUGUGCAGAAUACACCCGAGACGGUUACGCAUCAACAUCUCUGUCGUCAGCCCGUCCCUCCUUUGUCGGUUAUCCGACCUUGAACAGAGGCUGAUAAGAGAAGAGGUGUAAAAGACUGUGGAAAGCGCGGUGAAUGAGUAGAGUAUCACCCGAAAUGGAUGUGUUUACAGUAGGUGGGCUAACUCACGAAAUGUCACCCGAAAAUCCGAAAUGCGUUUUCGUUUCGAAAAGGUUAAUUAAGUAGGUUUGAAACAUUAAUCAUCAAGCAGCAUAAUUCUAUAAUAAUUCAUUUGCCUCAAGAUGCCGGCUUUCACACAAACUUUUUUUCGACUGCAUGCAGGAACUAUACUCUGUAAAAAAUGACUUCUUAAGUAGCAGACAUUUUUCUCAUUGAUUUUCUAUGCCCUUGCAAAGUCAAUAAUAUUCCAUGGAAAACAUGCAUAAAAAUAUUCACUUUUGUACUAAUUUGGUACAAAGGUACGUCUUCUUUUAAGUUUAUAUUCGAAGGAAGGGUAUAAUUUUGUUUCAAAACGGUUCUUAUUGUGAGAUCUUUUAAUACCGGGAAAUGGCCGUUCAUAAAACGUCAUGCCUAUGCAUUUACUAGUGAUGAUUUCAUAGUUAACAAUAUAGAUCAAAUUCACUGUUAAAUUCUAUGAACCCCAUAUGAUCUCUUCUGAAUACCGUCGAGAAAUUUACGGUUUUCCUUACGCGCAAAAUAUACGGCUUGUAGUUUGGAAACCCUGAAUGUAAGUGUAAUGGCAGGUGGAGUUGAAAAUUAUUCAGGAAUCGGAAAAGUUUUUGAAACUAAAUUAAACCCUAGCUUCGAGUAUAAAAUUAAAAGAAGACGUAAUUUCUACCGAAUGAGUAGAAACAUGAAUAUUUUUAUACAUGUUUUCCAUGAAAUAUUAUUGACUUUUUAAGGGCAUCGAAAAUCAAUGAGAAAAAUGCCUGCUAUUUAAGAAGUCAUUUUUUACAGAGUAUAGUUCCUGCAUGCAGUCGAAAAAAGUUUAUGUGAAAGCCGGCAUCUUGAGGUAACUGAAUUAUUAUAGAAUGACACUGCGUGAUGAUUAGUUUUACAACCCUACUUAAUUAGCCUCUUCGAAACGAAAACGCAUUUCGGAAUUUCGGUUGGCAUUUCAUGAGUUAACCCACCCACUGCAAUUCCCUACUAGUGCAAUAGCUUUACGCAGCGUACUCAGAGGACAUGAAUUCCCGACCAAUCAUUCCUUGCUCUUGAAACAUCAUCGAUUCGCCAAGGAAACGUGCUCCUACCAUUUCCUUGUUCCUUUCAGCGAAAACUGACCAUAGGCAGGUCCAAUAUCGUCUUCUACAAUCAAGGUGUAAUAAAGCCCGUGAAUAACAUAAGUGACUAUCCACAAAUCAUGAAUCUGGGUAAGUAACUGUGAGCGCCCCCAAACAGAAAUUAUGUCGUCUUUCAAAUUCUAGUACGUAAUAUGCUCUUUAUCGCCCAUGGCGUCAUCGUAAAUAAGAUUCUUUCAUCAUCAUUUCAGAGGAUCGAACGAUUCUAUUUCAUCGCGUUAUGACUUUGACGGUCAAACAGACUGAAGCUAUCGAUUUUUAUGCGUGCAAUACCAACAACUACUGGCUCACACACACGAUCGACUGGAGUAAGUUUUUACUCGGAAAUAAGAGUUUUGCGAAAUUUCUAUCGAGAGAAAAUCUUAAAAUACAGGUUUAAGUGUGCUUACUAUAAACAUGACAGCAGAUCCAAAGUUAAAAUGGGAUUCUUUGAAAUUAAAUUGUAUGUUGAUCACUGAGACUUACAUCAAUCUCUUCUCGGUUUUCAGCGUCUGCUGGCGCGGGUAGGCAUCGCCGUCCUGGUUUUUAUAAAUUCCGUCUCAAAUUUCUCCUGAAAUUGCCGUUUCCCUUGAGAUUUAUGACUUUUAUGUACAGUUUCUAAGAACUAUUUAAAUGUAAUGUUUUACAGAUAUUUUUUUUCUUCUUUACAGCUCCAAGAAGCCUCAUCUCCCGGUCGCUUUUGGGUACGGGAGAAUUCAAUCUUGCCUUGUUUGAGUUUUAAUAUCGAGCAGCUGCUCUUGUCAUUGUUCACCUCAAGAAUGCAUAGGUCAUCUGAUCAAAAUUGGUUGUGCUGACUUCUAUGCAGAUUUUCUCAGCUGCACGUGAAACUUCAUUUAAGUCCGAAACCAGUUUUAUUAGCCUACCCACUGCCAACUACAGUGAGCGACCGAACUGAGGAAUUGUUAAGCGAAAUCCCGAAAUGCGUUUGCAAUAAGGAAGAAUUACAUAGGUAGAGUUUUAAAAUACAUCAUCUUGCGGUACAAUCCCAUAAUAUUUCGGACUCAGCAGGGUCUCUGCUUUUGAGUACACCUCUUUUAAAUCUCCUGUAGGAACCGUACUCGUUAAAAAUGACUACUUAAGUAUCAUGCAUUUUUCACACUGUUUUUCAAUGGUCUUAUAAAUUCAAAUAUAUAUCAUAAAAAACAUGAACAAAAUAUGCUUUCUUUUACUCGUUUGAUAGAGACUUACGACAUCUUCAGAUUGCAUAGACGAAGAAGGAGUAUAAUUAGUUUUUAAAACGUUUACUGAUUCCAGAAUUAUUUAGAUCCGAUUAGCCGUUGCAUUAGCGCUUAAUGAUUUCAGCCUGCAACGUGCAUGUGUUCCGUGUAGAGAAAAUCAUAUAUUCUUUUAUGGCUUUAAAAAGAUACCUUAUGGGAUCCGUGAAAUUUUGCACUGAAUGCGGACUGUGUUGUACAUUUUAUGAGAAGCAGUGGUAAACGGAGAGGUACGAAGCUGUAAGAAUGGGCAUUUCACAGUCUUAAAAAAAUCUCAUAAUUAGAAACUUCUUCAAAACCUAAUUAUACCCCUUCUUCAAUUAUGGGGUAUGAAGAUGUCGUAAUUACCUAUCCAGCAAAUGAAAAAAGCAUAUUUUGUUCAUGUUUUUUUAUGAAAUAUGUUUGAAUUUAUAAGACCAUUUUAAAAACGGUGUGAAAAAUGCAUGAUACUUAAGUAUUCGUCUUUACCAAGUACGGUUUCUACUGCAGAUUUAAAAGAGGUGUAUUCAAAAGCAGAGACCCUGUUGAAUCCGAAAUAUAUGAGAGUAUGCCGCAGGAUUAUUCGUAUGAGAACUCAACCUGAGUAAUUCUUCCUAAUGGAAAACGCAUUACGGGAUUUCGCCUAACAUUUCAUGAGAUCUUUCACGCACUCUAUGACGACGGACGACGAAAACUGGUGAAACCUGGUCCCUCACUGCCACGCUCUCCUCCCUGACAGACCACACCCACUUGAUAUUGCCAUCUACCCUGGAGCUUCGUCCCCUACACCCUCCCAAACCCCUCCCACAGCACUUGCUUGUGGGAUCUUAUUUCGUAUCCGCACCUGCAGUAGCCAAGCUCCAGGCUAACGCCUAACCCUUAUCCCUAAAGGGUACAGUUACGCUAUAUGGUCUUGCCCAUCUGCUUUCUCGGCGCUGAAGCCCAUCAUGUACGACCAAUGAGUAAUAAAUAAGACAAACUUGCCCAAACCAACUCCCUCUGAUUCCUAAACAGUGAGUAGUACGGUAGAUGUGCUAACUCAUGAAAUGCGUUCUCGUUUCGAAAAGAUAAAUUUAGUAGUGUUGUAAAACUAAUCAUGAUGCAGCAUGAAUCUAUAAUAAUCCAUUUACCUCAGGUUGUCGGCUUUUGAAAGAACUUAUUUUCGGUUGCAUGCAAGAUCUAUACUCUGCAAAAAAUGUCUACUUAAUAAGCAUGCAAUUUUCUUAUUGAUUUUCGAUGCCUUUGAAAAAUCAAUUAUAUUUCAUGGAAACAUGGAUAAAAGUUUUCAUUCUUAUACUUAUUCGGUAGAAAAUCACGUCUUCUGCCGAUUUCAUUUCAAAAGCAGAGUAUAAUUCGGUUUUGAAAAAGUCUUCUAACUCCCGAAUAAUUUUGAACCCGACCUGCUGGUACACUUGCAUUCAGGACUUCAAAACACCAAGCUGUAUAUUUUCCGUGUACGGAAAACCAUACAUUUCUCUACGAUGUUAAGAGAAGAUCAUAUGAGGUUCAUAAAAUUAAGCAGUGGAUUUGAGCAAUAUUAUUAACUUUACGAGCCACAUUCGUAACUGCAGAUACAUGACGGUUCAUGAACGGCCAUUUAACGGUAUUUAAAAAUCGCACAAUUAGAAACUUUUUUAAAACCGAUUUAUACUCUUCUUUUGAGUAUGGAAUGGGAAGAAGACGUGAUUUUCUACCGAAUAAGUAAAAGAAUGAACAUUUUAAUGCAUGGUUUCCAUGAAAUAUAAUUGAAUUUUCAAGGGUAUCGAAAAUCAAUGAUAAAAUUGUUUGCCACUUAAGUAGUCAUUUUUUGCAAAAUAUGGAUGUUGCAUGCAGCCGAAAAUAAGUUCUUUCAAAAGCCGACACUCUGAGGUAACUGGAUCAUUAUAGAUUUAUGUUGCAAUAUGAUUAAUUUUACAACACUACUUAAUUUACCUUUUCGAAACGAGAACGCCUUUCAAAAUUUCGGUUGGCAUUUCAUGAGUUAGCACAUCUACUGUAAUGAGAUUCCGUUAAAGUAAGCCAGAGGAAAUUUAUGGCGCAGCGAUUUACAAGGACUACUUGCUGUCUGUAGCCAAAAUCGUCAUCUUGGUAAAUGGGGUUGGUGUCUGGCAAUUUGUCUUGGGCACCGAAUUCUGGCACCAGGGAAUUCCACCAACGAGGGGGGGGGGGCAGGAAGCACCUGCUACCUCAGUCGAUUUUUUUAAGUUGGUCUCACUCCCUUUUCCUUUUCUCCAAAGAGGCCAUCAUGCAGUUAAACCUGCCUCUCUUUCCAACUUUUAACUGCCUUCCCUCCAUUCUUGUAGUUCUUCCGGCGGCGGCAACGUUGUUGGUGUCGUUGGUUUCCAAGUGAAUCGUCAAAAGAGCGCCAAAAUUGUGGACUCAGAGGAAGUGCAGACCUAUUUUCGAUGUACAUUUCUUUUUCUGGCAGUCAUUUCUUGUCAAAAUCAUUCCGCCUUUAUUCUGCAUCUGGUCUUCGUGUCUGCCAUUUAUAACCAGGGAGAAUUUAUCGUCGGAUUCAGACACUAGGACUGGUGGAUGAGCUGUGUAGACACUUGUUCGUUUAUCAGCCUGGAGUGCAGUGUGAAUACUAGACCUCGGACUUAGCAUGGUUAAUAGGAGGCACCAUAAAAGACCAAUGACUUCGUUUAACUGCCCUAUCUAGGCUUCUUGCAUUGUCCUGGCAGAAAGCUGCUUACUCAGCCAAACCACAAAACGUUAAUAAACAAGACGACCUUCGGAGAAUUCGGGGGUUAGAUCGCAAUUGGUAGCCAGGAAUGGGGAGGCCGUAAGGGAAUGGUGGGAAAGGGGGUUAUAUGGGUGGGGUACGCGGAAGGGCUAGUAGAGGAAUGCUGGAGUUUCUGGGUAAAAGUAAAGUUACCAGUGAAAGUGCUGGGAAGUUUUAAGUAGGUGAAAUAAUGGCAGGAAUUUAAACCCUACACCUAACCCUACAAUCCAAACCUGACCGCAACCGUGAAGCCUAACCCUACUCCUCAAAACCGAAACGUAACCCAAAUCCUGAAGAACAACGCUAACACAAAACCUAGCCAUAACCCUGACUCUAACCUUGACCCUAGUCCUAAUCAUAACCCUAACCCUAAUCUUAACCCUAACCUUAAACUUAACCGUAAUCCUAAUGCGAACCUAAACCCUAACCCUAACACUGGAACCUGACCCUAAAACGCAAACCCUAAUCAUAAAACUUAACCUGCGCCUAACCCUAACCCUCACUAAACCCAACAGCCUGACCGAGACGGGCGACCUGCCUAAGUCAGUAAGAGCGUACCUACUGAUAGCAAGUUCCCUAGAAAAGGUAAGCACACCUACUGAUAACAAGUACGUACGUCGACAGUAUCAAAGUAUAAUGUCUGGUUACCAACUGCGAUCUUACCAAUUCGGGUAGGGACUUGUCCAAAUAACUGCCAUGAAUCAGGUAAAGAAUUCUGUGCUCGCUUUUAAUUGCGGUAGGGUAUGCAACAUGUGAAUGGUGGCUUAUUUUUUGGUUACAUCUUGGUCUGCCUGUUUGAUAUGUGGACAAGCCUGCAAGAAUAAAUGCUGUGAAAAUUAACAAAAGCUUCAAACCCUGUCCACGGCUCUUGCAAAUGCCCUUCUUCAAGCUCUCACCGUUGCCAGUGGCCACCCCAGCCAAUGAUAAUCGGGUGCUGAUGGACCUAUGUGGCAUGUGCGAAUUUGGGGUACUAACGCGAUACCUUGAGGCAAACUGGAACCAGGCUUGGAAGGAUAAUUGGAAGAGCUGUCUAGCAAGGGGCUUUCUGAACCUGCCUACAGAUUAUGAAUGCUUAUCGUGUGAGGGAAUGCCUGGUUGGCCAUGGCAGCCACUUUGUCCGAUUCCAUCGUUUUUGGACUGAUAGGAUGCGACAGUCGACUAAGCACAUGCUAUGACGUCUGGCCUCAUAAUUCCGCAUACUCGAAGAAUGAGAAUCCCAUUCCCCUCUGGAAUUUUGACCAACGAUGAGUCGAAACUGACGAGCGCUCUGCAAGGGUGCAUUGCAUCGUAGAGCUGGCAACCGCAAGUCAGAUUUUGCCGUCUGAAACCUAACCAAAUGUGCAAUUACGGCUGUCAGCUAUGGAUGAGAUAAGACUGGGAAACGGGGACAAGAAAUGAUGACUUAAUUUUUGUGAAAAUAUAUUCUUUAAAUACUCCUCUUUUAUAUUAAGGCCCCGUAGUGAAAACUUCUUCUAAACCUCAAAAGCAGAACAAUAAAAGGGGUUGAUAAAACUGAAAAUUCUAUGUACAAACAGACGAUACAAGAUUUAGUUAAACGUAUACAUAAAUCAUAUUAAAUUUUACGUCCAUUUCAACGGGACGUGAAUGCACGCAUUCCAAAAAUUACUCUACAAAAGAAGACGUCGAAGAAAAGUUAACAAAAUUAAAUGAUCCGAGCACAUAUCCCCAAGGCGACAAACGAUGUACGUGGCCUGCAUACGUGUUAACAUAAAUGCCUCGGAAAGAAUGGUUUUGGACAUUUCUCAGGAUGGUAUAUUUCCAUAGUUCCAUUUCCAGACCCCUGACGGUCAUGAUUAAGGACCAAGUAAGACAGACGACUUCCAAUACAACUAUUAUGGAGAUUAUUAGUUAGGACCUGUCAAUAAGAGAAUCUGUAAUAUCCACAGCAUAAAUAUAAACAACCAUUAGGGUAAAUUACCUCGCCGUCUUGGCACAGAUUUAAUAAAAACUGCCAUGACAUGGGUGCCCACAAUUAGUGAAAUAUUUGAGACACUGGAAAACAAACAGGAAGGAACCAACCUAAGAAGGGUUAUGCACUCAUCCAUUCUGGAGUCGUAAUUUGUUGGUCCAUUAAAUUUUGGACUAGCAACAGUUCCUCGUUUCAUUUAUGCCGUCUUGGGAAGCCGGGUUGUUUUCCCGUGGAGUGAACUAAGGUCACCGAACGGAACUCAGACUGUCUGAUGCUCUUCAGGCUGGCGAAGAAACGAGUUCCAGGAAGCCGAUCCGAUCGCAUUUAGAAGGAACUGAGAAAAGGCUUUGCUAUUGACCAAGUUUUCAGUGAAAACACCAAUCCCCGAGUUCUGACUCAGUCAAAAGUACAUCAGAACUAGAAUCACAAUUACAGUGGAGGUACGUAAGGGUUAACCGCUAGAGGUUGCCAUUCGUGCAGGUUUGCUUUUGGCUUUUGCAUUUCAGAAUAGUGAACAUGUAAUGGAUGGAUCAGGGUUUAACUUGAGAGAUUUGGUCAUAUGGACCUUGCUUGAAAUGUUGAAAAAAAAUCGCGCUCCAUCUCACACUGAGACAUUGCGUGUUUAUAAUUUCCGUAGGCAGAUUGACUGUUCGCUGAAAUUUGUGAAGAUGUAAAAUAAGAAAAACAUGGUGUUAAUGGCGACACGGAGGGCAGAAUGUGAUUGGUUGCUUAUUUAUUGUUACACCUUAACUUAUAUGUUUUAUGAGUGAGCAAGUCUGAUAGAGUGAGUGUCGUCCAAAUUGUCGAAAAUUUCAACUCCCACUCACUAGGAAAAGUAAUCCUGGCAAUCAGGAACUGGUAGAUCUAGCGGGCAAGUGAGACUUGGAGAGGUCCGUACACAAGACCUGGAUGCAAACUGGACCCCGCGCUUGGAAAGAUCGCUGAAAAAAACUGUCUAGCAAGGGACCUUUCGAAUCUACCUACAGAUAAUGAGUGUUUGUUGUGUGAAGAAGGCGUAGAGUGACCGACUAGCCCCAGCAACCACACUGUUCGAUUUCAUCGAUUCUGGAUUGAUUGUUUCUGACAGUCGACUAAUACACCUGAUAUCAAGACUCGCCUCUGAAUUGGUCAUACUUGAAAAGUGAGAAUUCCAUUCUCCUCCGGAAUAUGGAGCAAAGGUUAGUUGAUGCUGAGGGUCAGAAGACUCUCGAAUACCAAAAGAAGAGGAGUCAUUCACCAGGGGAGGUAAAGCGGAAAUCUGACGCCAUAACUAGUCGCUUCGUCUACCCAUCUCCAGAGACUGCGAAGUCAUGCACAAAGCACUCUGUAUAUGGCGCACUUUGGUUGAUGCGUGAGCCGUCUAUGCCGCCUGUCUGGCUGCGUCCGACCGGGACCUGAACGGCCCCCACCCUCGUCGACCAGGGAGAGAGUUGACGGCACCGAUUGCCCCGCGCCGUGACUGUCCCCCGUUAAGAUGGUUCGUAAAGUCAGGUAAGAGAAGGCGAAUUGAUGCGGCGGUGGACUGAGCAGUCAGUAGACAACCAGAAUUCUUGCACCUGCCUUGUUGUAUGAUCAUCGCAGCGUCUUAACGGCCUCAAAGUUGACGGUGUCUCAUUUGCGCGGCAUGGGUUGCCACUUCCGACUUUUGGUCCAACCUUCGCACGGCCAACUUACGCUCGCGCAUUUGCGUUUGCGGCCGUCGGCCGGUUUCCUAACGUAGAUGCAUCUUGCGCAGCUUCAUUGAAGUCGGUAGACAACAGUCGAUAUUUCCUGCCUAGGGAUGGGGUCUUUUGGGCGCAUCACUUGCCGGCGGAUUAUUGAUUCGAGCCUGUGGGCAACGCCUAUUCCGAGCGUCGCGAGGGAUCUAGCCACGGGUUCAGAGACCCCUUUCAUGUACGUAAUGCUCCGCCACGAUUUUGGCUGACUAUGCUCUUCAUUCCGUUUCCUUGGUUGCCUUCGGCUCCGUUCAACGAAUGCUCGCGGAUAGCCGGUUUUGUUUCUGUCAACUAGCACCGUCACUUGAGAACCCCUGCCUUCUCUUCUUCAAAACGAAUUGCAGCAAUUUUGAACGAGCUUUUUGGAAUGGCAAAAUUGGCAUUAAAUUACUCGACGGACAGUAAAGUAACCUUCGAUAAAACCACGUCCAACCAGGGCAGGACGGACUGAGCGUCAAAUUCUCGCACAAGGUCCCUGUGUACACAGUAUCUUUAGUUAAUUUAGUGAAGAAUUGAAGUCACCUUAAAGGAAGGACACUUUUAAUAAUUUCAUCGUCUCACUCCAGCCCGAAAGCUUUUGAAUCUGUGCAGAGCAGACCAAACUAAAUUACUCUACGCCUCACCUGUUCUGACGAGAACGCCCCGAAACCGUGCAUUACUAGUUGGCUGUUGAAGAUAGGGGGCAGCUACUCGCCUCUGCUUAUGGUUGUUCAACAUUACCUUCAUGGCUCGAAGGAAAAUAAAGCACUAACUUGGAACAUUUGAAGCUUUAGUAAGCCCUAAAAGUGCGAUCGAGCCGGCUGGUUUUUAUCCCAAUACUCUUGAUAAGCAAAGUGGAACGAUUAAAAUUCAGGCGUAGGCUUUACAGAAAGCGAACUCCCCAAGACACAGCUGUGAGUUGACGGUCUUCCUGACUUAUUUAACUAACGUCGUAGUCUUGUUAAGAAUACACUAGUACGUUUGGCAGACAAGAAGUGCCCCCACGAUGUCUCAUAAUAACUUCUUUCUCAUACGUUUUCUGAUGACGAUGACGCAAUUGAGGACUUCAUACCUUUUACUAGCACUCUGCCGCCAUCAUCAUCAUCAUCAUCAGCAGCAGCAGCAGCAGCAGCAGCAGCAGCAGCAGCACACACACACACGAGUUCUUUUGGAGGGAAAAAGCAGUCACGGCGUUUAA